AAAAUUUUUUUCAAUCUCUUUGUUUUGUGUUCAUUUUCAAAAUAAAUGAUUCCUAUAAGAGUGUGUUAUUAAACUUACGUAUGAAUGUUACAGAAUAACAUAUGUAUUAAAUUCAUAAUUAUAGAAAUUGCUGGUGGUCGAGAAGUAUUCUCACAGAGCCGAGGAAAGGUAGCAGCUAGAAAAUCAAGAUUUCUGGCUGCGUCAAAUUCUAUAAAUAACGAGGACAUUCAAACUGAUAAUAAACUGUCUGUUAAAAAGAAUAACAAGUCCCCUAGUACACAGACCAUAUGGGAAUUACGAAGCCGAUGCGGUGAAAGCAGAAAGCAACGUGCAAAUCGAGAAGUGACAGAGACUGUAUUUGCCUCUGAGGUACACUCUGUGCGACGCAACCCCACAAAAUCCAUUCUGGAUUACGACUCACCUAAGAGCAACCGUAGCAAUCGUAUAAUUAAUUACGAUACGAUUUUGAAUAGCAAUAAUGUAGAAUAUACCAUACCAAAGAGUAUUACCGAUCUGGACUAUGGAUUACCAAAGAGUUGCAUAGAUUAUCAAUCAAAUCACAAUACACCUGCGAGAAGUAUGGCAAUAGUUAGCGACGGUGAAGUUGUGGUUUUCGACGAUAUCGAUGAUAACUGGCAAGGGCUACGAUUAGAUUUGGCGUCGAGCAAUACGAACCAAAUUACGGCAGCGAAUGUGGAUUUGGAGACGGACGAUUCUCAAAGAGGUCGUAUUGCACCGGAACCACCGAGUUCCAGUGUUGGGAGUACUCCUAGUCCUACGACAGCAUAUCACCGCAAUACUUCAGAAUUUUUCAAAGUUGUUACACCAGCGAGUGAUUGCGAGGCAGAUUCCCCGUCUCCGGAACGUAAUCAUAAAGUUGCGAGAGUCAUUGGUGAAUUACCAAUUGCUCAAUAUUCUGGCAGCCCGAGACGUUAUGGAGUUCGCGAAAAUACACAGCUUCCUAGUUUAUUAUCGUCGCCUUCAAUGUACAUGACACCAAGACCUGGUUUUCCGCAGAGAGUAUUACCAACAACACCAAAUCAUAAUGAGAAGGAAGAUACUUCUGGAGAAAUCGUUAUAGACAAGACUGUGAUAGAAAAUACUAGUAUCGAAGAUCAGCCUAUCAAUCCUUCAACUCCAUCACCAAAGGCAGAAGAGGAAGAGGAGGAUUCUUUAAAGCCAUCGACUUUGCCUGUUGAUAAUAUAAGCAGUCUCGUCACAUCAGGAGGUAGUACUUUCGACUAUCUGUACGAAUUUUCAGAAACGCGAAAAGUAUUGGAAGAAUUCUUCAAAUGCCCGGCGCCCACGAAAGAAAAGGAGAACAAUAUAGAAUCUUUUCCUUUUCAAGAUCUUGAUUAUGAAUUACGAAGACAAGGAGGAAGUGCAUAUGUUGGUCAGCGAUUAGCUAGUGGUCCACCAGUAACGGAAGAGGUUAUGGUACACGAAUCUCCUAAGAAGCAACGUGCAGAAUUUCAAAAUACAGGUGAACACGAAAACAAUUUUCUAGACCUCUCGGUAGGUACAGGUAGCAGUGAAGAUCUUGGAGAGACCGAGGUCGGUUUACAAGUAGGACAUUCACGUAAUUUCACGCUGAGUCCCGAGACAACAGACUGCGACAGCAAUUGUGGAGAUUUGGAUAGCGAAGUGUCCCUCAUGAUGAUGGAUAAUGAAUUAAUGCCAGCAAGUGGCCUUCUCGGAUCGGUCGGCGAUUUGGGGAAUAAUUCGGAUUCCUUGAGAAUAUACACUAGUAUGCCAGUAUUAGAAGACGGUUUGUCUAGCGGUCAUGCGAGCGACACCGAUAACAAUAAUCCUACUGUGAUGCUAAUGAAACGACAAAUAAACGAAAUAGAAAAAGAGAUUAUACAAAGAACUCGUAACGAUAUGUUAGGCACAAACGAGAAUGAUUCCGGGAAAGAUGUUGGUCUCAAUGUAACAAAGGAUAUUUUACACACGUUAAAGACUACAUCGUCUCCCGAUCUAUUUAUCGCAAAGAAAGAGAAUUCAUACGAUACGAACGAGUUGCAGCUCGAUGGAUUAGAUCCAUUGGGUACGCCACCGCCACCGGCGCCUCAGGGACGGCAAAGUGUAACCUUGGAAGUAAAUUGUGGCGAGGUAGAAGCGGCCAUCAAAGACAUCAGGAUGGCAUUACAAAGGACUAAAACUCUCCCUGUGAAAUCUCCGUCCGAAGAUCCACCGGAACCGAGCGUCAGUCCGAUAUGGAUACCAAGAUGCAGUAUAAUGGACGGCAGGCGGAGAAUCUGCAUGGAAAACAAUAGUGAAGAAUCCGAUGCGCGUCGCAUAGGCGACGAAGCCGAUGUGGAGAUCGAGGAGUGUCCGGACGAGGAAGAGGCAGAUACUGAUCUUGAAACAGAUCGAUUACUUGGACAACAGAGGACGGAUGAUCAAGGAUUUUAUGAUGACAAGGGGUGGAGGAAGCCUAAGACUAGGACAAUGUUACCGCCAAUGAAUGCGAAAGUCGCUACACCAAAGCAAACCCCUCCCAAAACCUUGAGUGUGGCCCCAAUAGAAACGCUAGCGCCUUCCGAGCCCAUACCCUCAACGUCUACCUCGAUCUCCCCACCUCCCGUAGUGUCUGUUAUACAAUCAUCGUCUUCUAACGAGUGCGAAGUAACCACUCCCGCGCAACCUACGUCGAGUCCGCAGAAGACCCCAGUCAAAAACUCUCCCUCAUCCCCUCAGAGCCUCAAGGAAUCCAACAACAAGGUGAAAAAGGAUAAAGAAGGAAAGAAGAAAAGCAGAAACAAGGAAGAUUUAUUGAACGAUCCGUCAGUAUUGAUCGAAGGUGUCCUAUUCCGUGCGAGGUAUUUGGGAUCCACGCAACUGGUAUGCGAGGGUCAACCGACGAAGUCGACUCGAAUGUGUCAAGCAGAGGAAGCCGUUUCCAGAAUAAAGGCACCGGACGGUGACACUCAGCCAAGUACGGAAGUAGAUCUCUUUAUAUCGACGGAAAAGAUUAUGGUUCUUAAUACUGAUUUGAAAGAGAUCAUGAUGGAUCAUGCGUUGCGCACUAUUUCAUACAUCGCGGAUAUCGGUGAUCUGGUGGUGCUAAUGGCGCGACGACGCUUUGUGCCGCACGAAAUGGAAGAAGUACCGAAAAUUAAUCGUACUCCGAAGAUGAUCUGUCACGUUUUUGAAAGUGAGGAAGCUCAAUUUAUAGCACAAAGUAUCGGACAAGCGUUUCAAGUAGCUUAUAUGGAGUUCCUAAAGGCGAAUGGGAUAGAAGACCAUAGUUUCGUUAAGGAAAUGGAUUAUCAAGAAGUGCUCAAUUCGCAAGAGAUAUUCGGCGAUGAGUUGCAAAUGUUUGCAAAGAAAGAGAUGCAAAAAGAGGUAGUAGUACCAAAAGCGAAGGGAGAGAUCCUCGGUGUUGUAAUCGUUGAAUCUGGAUGGGGCUCGAUGCUGCCAACCGUAGUUAUAGCAAAUCUGGCGCCGGCCGGUGCCGCUGCUCGUUGCGGACAGCUUAAUAUUGGCGAUCAGAUAAUAGCGAUUAAUGGUGUAUCAUUGGUCGGCUUACCUUUGUCCACGUGUCAGACUUAUAUAAAAAACUCGAAGAAUCAAACGGUCGUCAAACUGACUGUUGUACCGUGUGCACCGGUCGUCGAAGUGAAAAUCAAGAGACCUGACACCAAGUAUCAGUUAGGAUUUAGUGUACAGAACGGAGUGAUAUGUAGUCUAUUGAGAGGCGGUAUUGCCGAAAGGGGUGGAGUUCGGGUCGGUCAUAGGAUAAUUGAGAUCAAUAAUCAGAGCGUUGUCGCUGUACCGCAUGAAAAGAUUGUUAAUCUUUUGGCUACAUCAGUGGGAGAGAUUUUGAUGAAAACGAUGCCCACGUCGAUGUUUAGACUAUUAACCGGCCAGGAAUCACCGGUGUACAUAUAAAAGCGUUCAGUUGCCUGGCUGAUGCGUAGUGAACAGACAAUACAUCCGCCAUCCACUACCGUACACUAUAUCCGCUCUACUAUCUUUACUGUACAGAUUAUUCUACGCAGUCUAUGCUUUGUGUUUCGAUUCUUAUUGGGACAAUUCAAUACAUUCACCAGCUCCUGCUUAGUAAACAAGAUUACAUAGAUUUUUAGUAUACAACAUACUCUGUAUUACAGAGAAUCGCAUUAUUAGCGCCAAGGAAGAUGAUAGGUAAUGCAAACGAUGCAGUUGCACAUGAUUAUAAAUAGCACAAAGCUCUUUACCAACAGCUGGAGCAGAGCUGGAACUGUAUAUUACGUAGUUUAAUGACAUAGUAAUAUUUAUAAAAAGAAUCUCCUUCUUUAUCUCUUGUGUUGGAGAUACUUUAAGAGCUGAAGCGUUUUAUUUAAUCUUUUUUAUCUUCAAAACGCCGGCGAAUACUUGCGGCUUGGUGCCCAGCAAUGUUAAUUUGUACUAAAAUUAUUAUCUAUUAGUAAUAUCUAAUAGUAAACUUGGGAUGCGUAAAUCUCGUGAUAAAUAAUAAUAUAGUAAUUAUAUAGAAGAGCGCUUUAAACAAGAUUUUUUUAACGAGUAAUUUGUUUUACAAGAUAUCAAGUGAUUUAUGCAUUAUAUCGAAAAAGAGAAAAAGAUGAUUUGCUAGAAGAUCUUGUAUGCCUACAUACUGCUUGAUCGACUAUUCUAUAAUACUUGGCUGUAUCGAAAAUGAAACUAUAAUGUGCACACUCACUACGUAAUAUUAUUUUUCUCUAUUUGAAAAUUCUUUGAUUUGUAUAAUAAUCCUCAACUGAUUGCCGUCCACGAGAAACUGGACAAAUUAAAAAAAAAAAAAAUUUAUUUUUUGCUGAAUAUUGCUAUGAGCUUACGUACAGUUCCUUAAUAAACGUAUAUAAUUACGUUUUGUUACACAUUUUUUUAGGAAAAAUAUGAUCUUUUUGUUUUUCGCGAAUGUAGUAAAUUACAAGCUUGUAAAAAAUUAUCUUGUAAGUUGCAUUGAUCAUUCAUUUCUUCGAGCAUACAUUGAUAAAUAUUGAGAAAUGGCUGUGUAUUUAAGAAUCUAGAUUUUAUAGAUAUAAGAUAGAUUUCACUCGAUUUAGAUACUUUAGGGUAGAGAUUUCUAAACUUUUAAAUCUUGUAUUUUCUUUUCUUUUCUUUUUUUUUUAUCUAUUGCUCUUUUUGAUAUUUUAGAAAUUCUUGUAUUAAUCUUAUUUGCUUUGAAAAUUCAAUAUCUUCAUUAAAUUUUUGACUUAAAGUUUGUUGACUUUUUAAUUUAAUUUAACGGAAUAUAAAUUAUUUAAAUGAAAGAUUAUAAUAAAAUUUUUUUCUUAUAUCCUAUCAAAUAUCUUAACAUUUUUCGAAAUUUCCUCAUAUUAGUGUGAUGCGCGUUCCAAUUUAUGAAAUGAUAAUUUCAAGUAAUCUUAUUUUGCAGAUUUUUGCAAAAAAUUGAUGAAAUAAACUAAUGAAAACAAUUAAGAAACAUAUUACCAUUAAUAAACUUUCGAUUAUUGUUAAUGUAAUUCAAUUUUCAGUGCGAUCAUGGCGCAGAGAGCUAUGCGUUUGCUCUCUGUGCCGAAUUGAAGGGCUCGGGUUCAAAUCCAGCCAGAGUCAGAAACAUCGAAUGUUCGAUAAUUCGCGAUCGCUUCUCGGAGUACCUUGCCUAAAACCUCUCAAAUCUUAGAUCGUUUGGAUGCGGCGUAGAUCCCAUAUAUUUACGAAAUACCAUAAAAAGGCGCACACCGCAGACAUAAGUGGAUCGCGAACACUCGAAUUGAAUACCGCAAAGAAGUUUCAGUUUUGCAGAAUAAUAUUUCUUUCAAUUCAUUUAUUUUUCGCAGUAAUCUGCAAAAAGGCGCAAUUCAUAAAAAUAGUUAAAGUAAUUUAAAAAAAAGCUUAUAUAUACAUACAUAUAUAUAUAUAUAUAUAUAUAUAUAU